AUGAAGAAGAGCAAGUCUGCAUCUGAUAGUCGAUACUCAGACCAAGGUGGUCAUGGUAAACACGUACACACUGCCGGUCCGACACCGUACAUCAAGAUCAAAUACGACAUGAUGAUCGUUUCUGGUGGAGUUGAACCUUCUUUCCCUGAUCUUGUGAGAAGGACACACACUCGAAAAGAUGGCACCUUUGCUGACGGUCGGUCAAAAAUGAUUGUGGAAGAAGUAGAGACAGCAGCAAUCCAAGUAUCGAUGACCGAAUCUGAUCCAGAUGGAAUGAGCAAGGAGGGAUCACCAUCAUUGACACCACUUCAGCUUAACAUGCUGUUUUUGGAGGUUGUUCCACCUAACAAAGGGCGUAUUUAUGGCCUUGGAUCUGCUCAUCGCUAUUAUGGAGAUCCGUCAGAGUCCUCCUCUACGGCCAUCCCACGGACACUUCAUUUGGAGACAAAGGUGAAAGCAAUGGAAGAAAAUAUGAAAGCGAUGGAAGGGCAUAUGCAGUCUAUGGCCACAGACAUUGCUUCCAUAAUGGCAGCAACACGUAUGCUUUUGGAAGCUAAUGGGAUUGAUCCAUCUGUCGUUCUCAAGUCAACGACCAGUACUGCAGCUCCGACGAGAGUAUGUACUCCAGAGCGUCAGUCACCAGCUUCAGACUGUUCCCCAACUUCAGAUGGUUCCCAAGCUUCAGACCAUGGAGGACAAGCGUUGGACCAUUCACCGAUCAACUUGGCAAACAUGGAUCCUCAGUCUAUCGAUGGGUAUUUUGAUCCUUAG